AUGGAAGGUAUCGAUUGUAUUUUCUUUAGUGAAUUUCAUCCAAUUACUGGACCAAAAAUCACCUAUCAGGAUCCAGCCGACUAUAUAUCUAAGGAAACAUUCGAUGUUAUAAGCGUUUACAUCAUAGCCAAGCCCCAACUUGAUCAGCGCCUAAUAAGGCUAAAUCUCGAUGAAGUAGCUAUUAUGAGUUUACCGUGCUGCAUUCAGAAUAAGAAGUAUUCUCGAAAUGAGCUAAGAUUCAAUCUCGGGCUAAUGCUACCAGCAAAACAUCAUGGAGGAUUGGACAAUUAUGAGCCUGUAAUUAAGAAAUUGGCCAAUUAUAUGGUCACAUUGGAAUUAGAAAGUCAAUUUUUAUCUGAUGAAGUUAAGAAAGAGAAAUUAUCGGAACUACUACCACGUAUACGCCAGGAGUUGAAUAUGAAAGGAAGUUGUAUGAUUCGUAUUGGUAAAUGA